AUGUUUGGCUCGCGCCGCCCGGCACCAAAGGCUCCAGGCGCGUCACCGACCACCGCCAGGCCACCGCACGCGAGCGGCACCACCACCCUCGCCGUCCCCGUCAACUCGGUCGCGCCCUCCUCCCCACUCUCCUCGCUCCCGCCCACCUCGCCACGGUCCCCGGCCAUCACCACCACCGCGGCCACCACCUCGACUGCCCCCAAGCGUCCUGUCGCGACCGUCACCCGCACCGUCGUCCGCACCGUCGUCAAGCGCGCCGCUCCGCCCACUGCCGAGACCAAGCCCGCCCGCACCCUUAAUGCCUACAAGCGGCCCGCCGACGCGCCGCCACUCGCCGCCGCACCUGCAGCCAAGCGUGCGGUCAAGGGCGGCUCCGGCGGCGCGGCGUCGAACGGCGCGAGCGCGCGCAGCCGCAAGGGCCGCGCCAAGGUCGAGUCGUCGUCGGACGAGGACGACUGCGACGGCGCGCCGCGGUCCUCGCGCAAGGGCGGCAUGUCGGCGGGACGGCGACCACAACCGCCCAGCUCGGACCUCGACCCGCUCACGCCGUCAGAAGCGUCCGAGUCGGACCUGAGCAGCGUCGACGAGGACUACUUCUCCAAGACGCUCGCCAAGGAGGAGGGCGCGCCCGUGUGCGCUCGCGACGUGGCGGCCAAGGGCGAGGGCUCGACCGACGGCAAGAGCGGCGAGAGCCUCGUGCUCGAGAACCGCAUGGCGUACAAGGACCACUUUAUCGACCCGCACAACCCCGAGCGACCAACGAGCGCGUGGGCCGGCUCGGACGUGCCGACUGUCGAGCUCGAGUACCCGGGCGAGGGUGUGCGCGAACGCUUCGCCCUGCUCGCCCCGAGGACCGACGACGAGUACAACCCGAUCGAGGACGUGCUCAAGGUCAUCCUCACCGUCCUCGACCACUUCCUCACCAAGGACGAGGCGUUCACCCACUUUGGCCACCAGAGCGGCGCCACGUCGUUCGCCGCCUUCCUGUACAACCGCUCGUCCAGCAACUCGCGCGCCGGGACGCCCUCGACGCCCCUGUCCGGUCCUACCUCCUCCUCAGCUGUCGCCUCCUCUACCGGUAUCGCCGCCGCCCGUCCCGCCGACCGCUCGACACCGACGCUCGCUCCACCGACCGCCGCCAACGACCCUCAGCCGCCGCUCAUCCGCGAGCUCGAGAAGGCGCGCGCCAAGCGUGACGGGCCCUCGUUCCUCGCCUCGGUCGAGCGGUACAACACGACGCUGCGAGCGCUCAAGGCGGCGGGCGUCGUCCAGCGCAACAUCGCCGCCAUGAAGGGCCUGCGCGAGAAGGUCUGGACCAAGGUGUUCCUCCAGUGCUACGACCGCGCCGUCGGCCCCGACAUCGAGCGCCUCAAGGAGUACGAGGCGUUCUCGGACAACGUGUACGGCGAGCUUCUGCCCAAGUUCAUGAACGAGAUCUUCGAGAAGACGCACCUCGGGCCCAACAGCGUCUUUGUCGACCUCGGCUCGGGCGUCGGCAACUGCGUCGUGCAAGCUGCCCUCGCCACGGGCGCGACGUCGUACGGCUUCGAGAACAUGGCGCACGCGUCGCAGCUCGCGCGCCUCCAGGUCGACGAGGCCGAGCGCCGGUUCCGCAUGUGGGGGCUCGAGGGUGGGGCCAUGCGCGUCGUUGAGGCCGACUUUACGGCGUGCGCCGAGGUGGGAGAGGUCAUGAGGAAGGCCGACGUCGUGCUCGUCAACAACGAGGUGUUCACGGCGCCCCUCAACCAGUCGCUGUCGUGGCUGUUCCUCGAGCUGCCCGCCUCGGCGCGCAUCGUGUCGCUCAAGCCGUUCCUGCCCGACAAGUUCCACCUCUCGGCGCACAACGCGCCGGCGGCGCGGUACCGGUCGGGCAGCGUCAGCUGGAAGAUGGAGGGCGGGAGCUACUACCUGACGCGGGUCGACCGCAGGAGGGUCGAGCGGUUCCAGGAGCGCGAGCGCGAGCGCGAAGAGCGGAGGAGGGACAAGCUCCAGGGGCGCAAGGAGCGCAGGGAGGGCAGCGCGGCGACGACGGGCAGCGAGCGGUGCGCGAUGAGCCGCACGGCGAGCCGGCAGGGUUAGCGCUUUCC